CGCUAUCAAAAACUCUAAUCCUGUUUUGAAAUACUAGGCUCCACCAUUCCAACUUCCAAAACUAAAGUGCCUAUAAAGCCCCUAAUUUUCAACAUACACUUCCAUAUCUCAGCUUCGUGUUUUUUUCAUAAAUUUCUAAAUCUUUUUUCUUGCAUUGCAAUAUAUAUUCUAUUUUCCCUGUCUCAAAUGGGCACGAAGAAGAUAUCCCAGCAUCUGGAAACCAUGGUUUCACCAUCAAGGUUGUUCAAGAUUUUGAUCACCGAGUCCCAAGAGGUUUUGCCCAAAUUCAAAAAUUUAAUAAAGAGCGUUGAGAUUGUCCAAGGCCAUGAAAUUGCUGCUGGAUGCGUAGUCAAGACCACCUUCCCAGAUGGUGCCCCAUUCAAGUUCAUGACUCACAGGAUUGAUGCCAUAGACAACGAGAACUAUAUGUGCAACUACACUCUGAUCGAUGGUGAUGUCCUAGGCGAAAAAGUUGAAAAAGUGUGCUAUGAGAUCAAAUUAGAGGCCUCCGCGAACGGUGGGUGCAAGAUCAAGCUCGACAUUGAGUAUCACUCAAAGGGUGAUGCCGAAAUAACAAAUAAAGAAACAGAAAUGGGGACUGAACAAGCUCUAAGGCUCUACAAGGCUUAUGAGGAGUAUAUCAUUGCCCAUCCCAGCAUAUUUACCUAAAACAUACUUGAUCGGUUCCCACUAGAAAUGAACUACUUUUCAAAUCGAGUGCUUGGGUGUGUUUG